AAACUUUAGCUUAUUUACCUUGAUUAACCUGAGAAGACAACCAGCUACUUCUCGCUCCCAGAAGCCUCCUGUUUGGUCCCUUCGAAAAUUUUAUGCUUUGGAGCUCAGUAAAACUCGACAACGUUGCUGUAUCAACUCAACUGAGUCAAGAGUUGAAUGCAGCAUGCAUCGAUUUAUAAGCAAAGGGACCUUAUUUUUUGGCUCCUUGGCAAUUCCCCAUUUGAAGAAGAAGGCUCUUAAUUCAUGGUCUGCUGUUCAGGACACCUAUUUCACUACCAAGGACUUAUUUGAGAGUCAUAGGGUGGUGUUUACAGUCGGAACUUCUUUAGCAUCAGUUGCUACAGCAUGGGUUGGAUAUUCCUUACGUCAUCUUCGUGAUUCAAAAGUUGAUCAAAGACUUGAAUCAAUUGAAAAUGCUAUGAAAAGCAAUUAUCAUCUUGAACAUGCUGAAUUUAAAAAGCUUGUGGAUCCUGGGAGUUCCAGUGUUGCUGCCUGUAUUGCUACUGCUGGGACAACAUUUGUUGUUGGGUAUGGCUUUGGUUGGCGAGGCGGAAGAUGGUAUGCAAAUAGGAAGUACAGAAAGGAACAGAUGAAAUUACUAGGGCAGAUAAAGCCUAAAAGGUGGCAGUUGUUGGCACGCAUGAGACCUAAGGAGUGGCAAUUCCAGUUUAUUAAAAGAAGAUUUCCAAGAUACAGAGCCUCCGAAUGUGAAGGUAAAGCAUCUGAAAAGAUGCUGAAGGAUGCUCCUACAACACAUAAUCCUGGAGAAUUCCAUCGGUCUUGUUAGAACAACAUCAGUCCCUGCAUUUUUUUUUUUUUUUUGUGUAGAUAUCCUGAGAUCAUAGGAAAAGAGAUUAUAUAUGUAGUUUCAAACUUAUUGAAGAAUGUCUUCUAAACUGGCAGUUUGGAUGUGAUGCAUUAUGUCAUCAUCUUUUUCUCUUUGUCCUGCUUUUAGUGGGAUAUGUCAGAUGUCCUUAUCCUCUUCAUACAAUUUUAUUCUGAGAAUCUGAGUAUUUGAGAUAUAUGUUAAUGGAUUUUUGCCUUUUUCUCCUGAUAAA